AAUUUCACCCUUGGAGGAGCUAUAUUCACGGAGAAGGGACAAGAACGAUUAAUAAACCACAAUAUAUCAACAUCAUGCCUGUAUACAUUCUCACCAGACAUAGAAAAUGUUGCUCGAAGGAUGUACCUGAUUAAUGGACGAGGAAAUCAAUUCUACGCAAACAGUCCAGCAAUAAUAUGGCAUGAUGGGAAGAUAUAUGUAGUUUUGAAAAUAUGGCUGAAAAAUGAAGCGUAUUACAACAGUGAAGGGCCACUUAAUUUCUUUCAAGAUAAUUACCUUCUUACUCAACAGUUUAAUAGACACAUGGAACCAUUGACAAAUGCAUCAUUAAUCGGGAUCGCAACCCCAAAGUGGCAGGUAGGAGAUGGGCCGAUUGAGCCUCGACUAUUCCGAUUCAAAAAUCGAUUACUGAUGACAUUUAAUGCAGGGUAUACAUCUCGUAUGAAAAAAAUGCGAGAUUUCACAUUUAUAUGGGACAUGGAUAGAAAUAUUUUAUAUCGCCCAAGAAUUAUUGGCCCUAGACCAAUUGGCAGUAGUCGGGACAAACACUGGAUACCUUAUGUGACCAUUGAAAAACUUUACUUCGUGAAGAACUUUGACCCACUGCGUGUACUACAUUGUACAAUAGAUGGAGUAAACUGUACAUGUGUUUAUAUAUUGUGCAGCGGGAAUAUAACAAAGAAGUUUGUCGAUAAAGAUGAACCAUUAAGAGGUGGUACCCCGAUGGUACCAUACCUGGAGCCAUAUUUCAUCUCAGUAAAUCAUGUCACAUUAUUCCAAGACAAUGAACUGUCGUCUAGGUAUUACAGCAUUGUUCUCACAAUAUUCUG